AUGACACGCACAUCGUUUCUCGUGCAAACUGUGAUCUCGGCCUUGUGCUUAAAUGGCGCCGUGUAUGCUAUGGAUAGCGAGGCCGACUGGGCUUUUGCAGCGAACAAUUUAGCAAAAAGGGCAAUUGCAGUCCCGUCACCUACUCAAGAAGGGCAGCCCGCGAACUGUAUAGCAUGGAAAAACGUCGAGGCGGCAGAAGCCGACUCUGGCGACUGUGACUCGAUUGUAAGCAAAUACAAGAGUAUCAAGUUGACUAAAGCGACAUUUCUUUCACUUAAUCCUGCUCUUAAGGGCGAUUGCGCCAACCUCAAGAAGAACUUCUACGUUUGCGUGCAAGUGGGCGCUUCCACUGGGGCAGCCGUAAAGGCUGCAGCCACGCCAAAGACACCGGCGAAAGCCGAGGAGGAAGAGGAAGAAGAAGAAGAAGAUGACCGACACGCCGACAACCCCCCAGCUGUAAAACUUACUACUAAAAAUCCAGCACCUCCAACAAAGCUUGAGGCAGAAGAGAAGGACCAAUUCUUAGUCACUGGCGCCGGUGAUACUACUCUCAGCACCCGAUUCUGCGCUCCCCGAAGGAACCUUGUCAAUUUGCAGAAAGAACUACCGGAUACUUUCAACCUGCUUGUUCUUGCUCUCGAUAAGAUGAUGAAAACUCCUGAUAGCGAUGCGCGGAGCUACUUUCAAAUAUCCGGUAUCCACGGGGCGCCAUUCAUUUCCUGGCCUGUUCCAGGAGAAUCGGGUAACGUUGGGCUCGGGUAUUGUACCCACAAUUCCGUCAUUUUUUCUACGUGGCAUAGGCCUUAUAUUCUAGCCUUUGAGCAAACUCUCUACCGACAUGGCAGAGAUAUUGUUCGAAGACUUUUUACUCAACCAGCAGUCCAGAAAAAAUACAUAACCGCUUUACAGCAGCUCAGAUGGCCAUACUGGGAUUGGGCAGAUAGCACUAAUCAGAGCAGAAUGCCGAAAGUUACUAUGGAUAAAACUAUUUCCGUCAUGGCCCCCGAUGGCAAAGGAGGUGAAAGGAAAGCAACAAUCGCGAAUCCCUUUUAUUCCUAUGUGUUCAAAGGACGUGAAAACAUACUAUUCAAAAAAGACUUUACAGGCUUGAAAGCUACUUCACGGAGACCGGAGAACUCCGGCAGUAGUGUGAGCUUCGACGCGGCUGCAGACAACGCCAUGCAGAGUGGUUACACUACGAGGCGUAAACAGGCUUAUAAUGCUUUAACAAGCGCAACUACUUUUAACUUCUUCUCCAAUGCACUUGAGAAGCUUCACAAUGACGUUCAUAUGCAAGUUGGCGGCAAUGGUAUUAUGGGCCUCAUUUCAUACGCCGCUUUUGAUCCCAUCUUCUGGCUUCACCACAACAAUAUUGAUCGUUUGCUGGCAAUCUGGCAAGCCGCCAACCCCGGAAAAUAUUUGACACCAGAUACCGCCACUCCUUCUUUUAAGCGUAAAGUCCAGGAAGACGAUCAAGACGAUUUAGAUACUCCACUAUACCCCUGGAAACACACAGACGGAAAGUGGUGGACGUCUAAUGAUGUGAAGGAUGUCACCAAUAUCUGGAAAUAUGGCUAUGGUUAUCCAGAAGUCCCAUGCUAUUACCAGGGUGAUACAAAUACCUUAGACGAUCACGCUACAGAGGCGAUUAACAGAGCCUAUGGUGACAUUGGUGUGCCUAGAAUUAAGGGUCGCGCUGCUGUCACGAGUGCUUCUGUAGCUGGCCGUAAUGUUACAGAAUGGGAUAUCAACAUCAUUGUCGACCAAGCAGAGCUACCUGGUACCUUUUCGAUCUACGUCUUCUUGGGCAAUCCUCCCGCAGAUCCCAAGAAAUGGGAUAUGUCUUCACAGAAGGUUAGCACGAUGACUCUACUCGGCAACCCAGGCGUAGCAAAGAUGAGCAAACUCGAGGGCAUGACUAUCCCCCUAGGCCCAUUACUCGCCCAAAAGGGAGUUAAAGGCACAGAGAAAGAGAUCCAAGACUAUUUGGCUAAGUACUUAGUAUGGACUUGUAUGAGUCUCGGUGAAGAGGGAGGCACUAAACCAUAUGACGUAAAGCUCAUGAAGUCCCUUAAGGUUGUUGUUACUAGUAGGAAUGUUUUUACCCCUAGCGAUAUGAAGAUCAAACCGAAAGUGAGCAAGGCCAAAAUCCAAACCGCAGCAACAAAGAACCAAGCAAAGAGUGGCGGCGCUUCUACUCUCGCUGAGCUUGCAAACACAAAACUCAAGGGUGGUGCUGCAGCCCACCUACGUAUUGGCAUUCUCCCUGAUAUUCAGAACACUACCGUUACUGGUAAGAGCUAUCGCUAG